UGUACAAUGUAGCACUGGUGUUAGUUAGACAGACAGGCAUUCUAUUGUGCAAUAUCUGCCAAUUGGCCACAUAAACCAAAAUUGGAGGAUGAAAAAUUGCUAGCCUGAUCCAGUCUUGGACCUUUGGUAUAAAACAGUUUUUUGCUCUAAAAAUUUCCCUACUUCCAGAGAAGAAUCCAGGUUUCACUUUCAUUUAUUCAGAAAAGACACAGGUAUUUCUCACAGCCGUAUCACCAAUAAACUUUGACACUACUCACUCAAUAAGAAGGAGAAAAUGGACGAGGACACUUGGAAAGAAAUAUUUGAAAAUGAAAUGCAAGACGGAGGAAUCCUUGAUCUGUGGGACUUUUCUGUAGAAGAAAACUUCCAGGCACAGAAGGGCUGGCUUCAAUAUACAUUGUGCUGCUUUGCCAGGUUUUACUGCUCAAUUUGCGGCCGCAAUUGGGCAUCUUCAAAAGUGCAUCUUUUAUUCCACAUGAAGCUGAAAAUGUCUAUUGGGCAGGUGAAGAUGCAAAUCUUCAGGCAAAAGUGCAAAGUAUGUAACUAUGGCGAGUACGAGGAACCCAUCAUCUUAGUAGAGAAUGCUGAGAUAGCUAUAAAGUGCUUGGUUACCAGGAUAUGUCAGAAAUUUUACAAACUCCCCAUAGAAGACUUUCCAAAGACCUUUGUGAAAGAUGGAUUUCAAAAUGGCCCACAUGAUCGGAAUAAUUGUGAAGCCUGCUCAAAGGGAAUUUGCAACUACGUAAAAAUCCAAGAAAAUAAGGCACAGCAGCGAGCAUUCAGGAAUCGGGAAGCAUCAAGAUAUUCAAGGCAUGAAGUUAGGCCACUCGUAAACAAUAGAAGUGUGCCACAGCACGAGCCACAAUCAAAUUGUUGCUGUAUAAUAUUGUAAAGAGAAUGAAAUAAAUUAGCGUUUGUCUGUGUGAUUACAGUUCAAUUGUGAAAUUAUCAUUUAAAUUCAAUUUUUGCAAGAUUUUAUAGACCUUCCUUAAAGUGAUGGAUUCGCAUUGAUUAACAUCAUCUUAUUGAGGGCACUGACUAGUCAGAAUCACUGUGGUCUGUCCUGUAAGUGCUGAAAAAGAAGAGGGGAGAACAGCAGGGAUUUUAAAUCCCUGAUUGGCUGCAGUGACUGUGGUAGCCCUGACAGCUCAGGAUCACUGGAGGUAAGUACUGCGGGGACUGAGGGGGUUGGUAGGUGUCCAGUGUUAGUUGACCUUUACAUUUUUUCUGCAAAGGUGAACUAACCCUUUAAAGAGACACUGA